CAUUCUUAGGUUGUCCGCCCCUGGUGCACAUUAACUUUGCUUGAACUGUAUUAUUUUUUUUUCUUUGACACUGGUCUCACGAUAUAGCCCUGGCUGACCUGGAAGUCGCUAGGUUGUCCAGGCUGGCCUUGAUUCCUUUCCCAUUUCUCCUGAGAUUAAAGGCAUGCGCCACCACGACUGGUUUGUGUGAACAGAGCUUUGCUGAAAUAAAAUACCACAAAGACACAGUCGCCCUCUACUUUUAUUAUUGUCGUCUUGUUACAGAAGUGCAAGAUUACAGCGAUUCUUUGUAGGAAAUCGUCCGGAUGCUUAGACCUACCGCUGUGUCGUGGGUAAGCGAACCGAUGAUGCCCUGGACAGACGAGAAGCCUUGGUUGGCUUCUUCCCACCACACGCGUGCCAGUCCUCGCGAGGCCCCGCCGAGAAGCUGCUGCUCCUGCUGCGAGGGCCUGAUCUCUGUGACGAGGUCUCCGGGAUCUACCGAUGCCUGGAGCGAGGCCGGGACCCUCUUCAGCAGAGACUCGGCUCCCGGACCUCCCCGCCUUUCCUCUUCCGCUCACUCGGUCCCCGGAAGCUCCCGCCCGGCGCUCACGCACGCGCGCACUUCGGUUAGGUUCAGGCGCCGAGGAGGGAGAACGGUGGAGGCGUGGCUGCGCGUGCGCAGGGCAAGCGAGGACCGGAACGCCCGACUUGGCGCGAGAGUCCGUAGCGGUCGCAGUUCCCAGAUAUACUUUUGACAUCAUGGAUCGAUAUGGAGAUAUAUCAGAAGGUGAAGUGGACCAUUCUUUCUUUGACAGUGAUUUUGAGGAUGUAAAAAAGUGUGACAGUAAUUUAGUUUUUGACAAGCAAAAUGAUGACCUUAAGGAAAGAAUAGAUAAGGACACCAAAAAUGUAAACUUGAAAUUUGAAAUACAAGAUGAUGACCUUAAAGAGAGAAUAGAUAAUGAUACCGAAAAUGUGAACUUGGAACUUGGAAUCAAAACAAAGGAAAAUUACCUUACUCAGAAAGGAAAUGAAAGAAAAGCAAAAGUUUCCUCAAAGGAAUACCAUGUAGAAAAUGAUCCUACACAAUCAAGAAGUUCCUCAUUGUCGACCGCUUCUUCAAGAUCAAAAAAAUUGUGUGAUGCAAAAGGACAUAAAUUACACUUGUCUGUUGCAAAUAGAAUUCCUAAAAUUGUAAAAGGUGAGGACGAUUACUACACAGAUGGAGAGGAAAGCAGCGACGAUGGGAAAAAAUUCCAUGUGAGGGCCAAGUCAGCUAAGCCCUCCAACAAUUUCAAAAAAAACGCAAAUAAAAAGUGUUCCAAAAUCAGUUCCUCCUCUUCUUUGUCUUCCUCAUCUUCAAGGUCAAGUUCAGACUGCUCAGAUACAGGAUCCGAUACCCAUAAAUCUGAUUCACGCUCCUCAUCAAGGAAACAUGCUUCUGGUGUAACCCUCUCGUCACCAAAACAGAGUUGUAAACCAGGAAGAAAAUCAGAGAGUACACAGCCUGCAAGUGCUAACCCAACAGCUAGUAACUACAAUGAGGAACCAGAGGAUGCUGUAACAGACGCAACUCCUUUGUCAACGCCAGACAUCAGCCCUAUCCAGUCGUUUGAACUGGGCACGUCACAUGAUCAGAAAGUAAAAGUUAAAAGGCAAGAAAAUGUGAGCCGGGAUGUAUAUGAGGAUGUGGAGGCUUUAAAACAUGAGCCAAGACCUCUGAAAUCAGCCAGAAGGAAAGAAAAGCAAGGGCAGAAUUUUGCUCCAAAAUCAUCAGUGUUAGAUGCAAAUCUAGACCAUAGAUCCAAACAGAAAGUCUUACAUGACACCAUGGACCUUAAUCAUCUGCUGAAAGGCAGAGGACGUAGCUCAGUAGUACCGUGCUUGGCUAGAAUGGACAAGACCCCGGGUUCAGUUCCCACCACCACCCAACAAAAAUUAUUUGCUUUUCUGCAGUUAGAUAAAAAGGGACCACAAAAACAUCACUUUGAGCAGCCUUCUGUAAUGCCUAGGAAAAACUACUCUUUCACAAGAGAAGAGGUGAGACAGAUUGAUCGGGAAAAUCAGAGGCUUCUGAAAGAAUUAUCAAGACAGGCUGAAAAACCAGGAAGCAAAAGUACAAUUCCCGGAAGAUCGAUUGGCCAUCCCCCUAAGUUAUAUCAUAGUGCUCUCAACAGACAGAGGGAACAACAAAGGAUUGAAAGAGAAAAUUUGGCUUUAUUGAAACGGCUUGAAGCUGUGAAACCAACGGUUGGCAUGAAGCGCUCUGAGCAGCUGAUGGACUAUCAUCGAAAUAUGGGCUAUCUCAACCCUUCCCCAUCCGUUAGACGAGUGAGAUCUACUCUUGGCCAUUAUAGCCCACUGAGAGGAGCUUCCAGGACAUCCAGUGCAACCAGUGGCUUCAGUUGUAAGACUGAUCGAUCAAUGUUGGACGCAUCCAGUGGCUUUUUGCUAAGACCGAAACCCAGGAAUGUUCGUACUGCUUGGUUAUAAAACCUAUUUUUAUGGUAUACAUUGUUCAUCUUAUUUUAACAAUGUAUUUUUAUGUAUUACUGUAACUCUUUGUAAACAUCUGUAAUACUUUUUUCAACAAUUUAUACAAUAAUGAGUAUAAUUUAUUGUUUUUCAGCGCAAAAUUGUUACCAAAACACACUUUGAUGUAAAAAUCAGUGUUUCAUGUGGUGGCGUGUGUGUAUAGGAGCUCUGUGUAUGUUUAACAGAGAACGGUGUUGUGCAUGGCUCUUGCCGUGGAAAUUCACUAGUGAUGCUGACAGUGGUGAUCCCUGUGGGGCCAGGACACACUCUGCUUACUCUGUUGUUUUCAGUUAUUGUAAGCGUUACUGUAUGCGUCUCAUGCCUCUGUGUCUUUAGAGUGCCUGCCACAUGAGCCAUCACUUGGUUAUGUGAUUGUUACACUCCUUAUGAAAAAAGUCUUGAAAUUUGUUUUCAUGGACGAGCUGAUUUCAGUUUGAUGAGGAGGGUGAGCAGCUUGUACUGGUGUAGUUCUUGAUUCACCAGAGGUUCCUCUCUGUAAGAGUUUGAUUUGGCCACUCCAAACCAUUGCACACUGAGUAACAGUGGCUUGCUUUAGAAGCUCCUGUUUUGUGUUUUUAUGCAGUCAGGUAAAGUACUCACGGAUUCUGAGGAAAGAGGUGGCUUUAACAGCCUACUGUAAUCCUGUGGCUGGUUUGUAGCCAGAUCAUUUGCAUCAUAAACAAAAGCAAAUAUUUGUUGGGUCAGUGAGCAAUAUUCCCAGCUUGAAGAACCAAGAAGCAUCCCCAGGGUAUGUUAGCGAGUGUCUGAAAUGAUACUGUUAGUGUGUGCUGUCAUUGUAUACUUGCUGUAUUAAUAGAAGGUUAGAGCCCGGAAGAAACGCUUUAGAAAAACCAGUUAUAAACAAGAAAAACUAAUCACACAUUUCUUAGAGCUACUGCCUUAAACAUUUGUGAAUUUUCUUAGUUUGGUUUGGCUAAAUCCGAGAAGCACCAUUUUUACUAGUCUGACAUCUGAAGGCCUGUUUAUCCUGCUGGGCUCGUGACACAUGACGCAUAGGCGCAAUAGUAUAGUUGACUAUGAAGACUGAAAUAUGUUUGUGUCAGCCUGAAGACAGUUACUUUAUGAACAAAGUGUGGUAUUUCAUAGUCAUAACUUUUUCAUUGCUGGUCUUGUUAGUGUACCUUUAGGACGUAUAAAUAAGUUUCAUAGUCAGUGACACGUUUUUCUUGAAAUAGGAAUUCUCCCCAGCCACAGUGAGCUCUGUCAGGUCUCAGUGCUCCUACAGUGUAGCCUGUCUGCCACACCUGCGUCCCCCUCGUUAGCACCAAGGCCGCCUGUGCUUUACCAAUGCCAGGUCAUACGAUGUUGGUCUUAGUUUAAUAGGUUGUGUUUUAGAGCAGCAAAGGUUGGGAAUGAUGAGGCUAAAAAGAUUGCUGAGCACAUACACCACACACACAUACACAAACACACACAUGGUAGAUGUGCAUACACCACACACACACACACACACAUAUGGUAGAUGUGCAUGCACCACACACACACACACACACACACACAUAUGGUAGAUAUAUAUACACCACACACGCACACACACACACAUAUGGUAGAUGUGCAUACACCACACACACACAUAUGGUAGAUGUGCAUGCAUACACUACACACAUACGUACACACAGCACACACACAGUGAAUGUAACACAGCACGACUGGAGGUUUCUCUGCUGCUUCCUGGGGACUAACAUUAUUUGAGAUCUCUCUCUUUGUUCUAGUAAACAAGAUUUUAUAGCUGCUUUACAUAACCUUCAGCUAUAUAAACAAAGGUUUUAUUUUUGUCUGAAUUUUUUAACUUUUAAAGUUUGUGUGACAACAAAAUGCAGCAUUUUGGCAUUUGCCCAAUAGUGAGUUGGUCACUUUUUACAAUGUAAGUUUGAGGGAAAAGUGUGUGUAUAUAAAACAUUUUCUGUUCCCAGUGGCAUAGCCUGUGAGUACAUUUUAUUUGAUCUCUCCAGGUCCCAUAGAUAAAGCUGUACUUUGAUUUAAAAUGCUAAUUUAUGCCUUAGUUUUUACUAUUUGAAAAAAGUUUGUCUAAGUAUUACUGAUAACAGGGAUUCAAGAAAAGGGCAACCAUCUUUUAAAAACAGUUCACAGUGUUGUAAAUGCUACAUAAUGAUGAUAGGAGGCUGGGUAGGAACUACAAACAGAAUUCUCUGAUGUGAGCUAAGGUUAGGAGGCAUUUGUAGCGGAGGUGUCGUGAGUACAGAGUGUCUCCAGCUUCCCCCGCACAAUAAACACUGUGGAGGGCUGUGGUGCAGGGGCUGGCUUGUCCUUACUGAAGCUCCGCAACUGCAGCUGGAAAGCGUGCUGGUCCAUAGCCAGAGCUCGCCGAGAACUGUUCUCAUCUUUAUCAGAUGUUAUUACCUCCUUUUCUAGUAAGAUUUGGUCAAAGAUUUCAAACUAUUAAAAUUAUUUCUUAAGCAGUAGCUACUACCUCUUUCUCCCCCAGUUUUUUUUUUUUUCGGUCUCCAUUAAAAACUGUUCUUGACAGUUAUUCCACUUAAACUUUGUGGUUUGCCUGUAAAAUAAAGCCAUGCAGCUGUGUCCCGCCCAAGCCUCAAAACGGAUUGGUCUGCUUCUCACCUCCAGAUGGAUGCAGAGCUCCAGAGUAUUAAGGUUGAUGUAGAGCUGAAGAUGAAACUUUAUCUUAGUUAGCGAUCAAACACUGUGUCAUCUUAAUGUAAGUGACUGUAUACCGUCAUAGAAUGUGCUCACUGCUAAUGGCUGAAUUGCUUAUGUUCAUGAAUAAAGAUUAGCAAACUUUUAAACCA